AUGCACAUCCCUUGUCGCACACGUAUCGUCGCGCGAUGCGACGCGCCCACUCGACAAGUGGUUACCACGCUAUAUGGCAUAAACAGGCCACUUUCUGCUCUGGCGAUGGAAGAACGCUACCGCUCGGUCUCCAUUGGGGAUCUCCACGAUCGAGAAACAAUCUUGGCGGUACGGCGGCUCAAGUACGUACCCUAUCCUAAACACUAUAUCUUGUACAAACCACCAUCUCCCACUUUUAGUGACCAGACUCGGGCAAGAUAUGUCCGCGUCCUCAAUUUACACCCUGCUACUUUGGCGGCUCUUCUAUCACUCAACAAACGGAAAUACUGGGUGAAAAAAACCUUGAAAACGCUUGGGAUGUUGCCUAGGCGCCAGACAGCAUUCAUCAUAAAGCCCAAAAGCGUUCUGACUAUCAUCAGUAACCUAUCCCUUGUAACCUCGUUGACACUUGACUGUGAAAUCUCUACUGUCCAUCCUACACUGAAAUCUUACAAAAAGUCAUUGCCUUUUAUCGCUGCCGGAUGGGCUUCGUUUGGCCAAAAUUUGCGGUUCCUCCACCUCAAAGUUCCUCUGUAUGCUAUCCAAGAGACCAUCGGCUCUGCGAAACUACCCAACUUGCAAGGCCUCUCACUCGACUUCGCGCUAUGGGAUUGUGCUAUGCCUGGCUCUCAACAAGUUAUUGUCAAUUUCAUUCAUAAUCAUGCCGAUUCCUUGCGAUUCCUUGACAUCUCUAUGUAUCGCGAUCUGUUCCAAAUGCUACAAGAUGUUCGGAUCCCCCUGCUUGACAGCUUUAAAUUCUAUCAAUAUGAACAAAUCGACACAGUUGCGUUCCAGCUCUUCCUCUCGGCACACUCCAGGACUUUGAAAACACUCGACCUGCGAUUACACACAUAUAAUUCUGACAUCCCCCACGAAAAUUGGUUCAUAAUCCGUAUAACUUUGCCAAAACUACAAAGUCUGGCCGUAAAGUUUUGGUCGCGCUCUGAUUACCAUCUCCAGGGCGCGAUGGAUCAUGUCGUCCAAUAUAGCCACACGCUGGUUUCCUUGGACGUAACAAUGGCUCCUUAUUCCUACAACCAAAUUCACGGACUGGCCACCCAAUUUUCGGCACAGGGUCUUCUUCGGAAAUUGGGUUUGACAACAAAGACCUUGAUCCCCAAGCUCCUGAUUCUACUAUCGAGUAAACUUCCUUUCCUAGAAAAUCUCACCCUCGAAUUCUAUGGACUAGCUGCUCAGGAGGGUCCAGUAACAGUGGUGGUAGGUCAUUACGCCGAGGAAAUGAAGGUAGUCUUUGUUCUCAUUCCGCGAUGCAUUAACGAAUCUGUUUCCGUUACUAGUUCUGCAGGGAAAUGGGCAGAGUUUCCUUUCACGAGUGGAAAGUACGCAAUUUGGCUCUCAGCUCCAUAA